AUGUUGCUCAACAUUUGCAAGUCAUGUCAAUACUGUCUGGAAACGAUGUACUGGAAUUGCUGCGAAGAGAGAUUCUGUUUCGAUAAGAAAAUAGUCACUUACAAGUUGGAUGAAAAUGUGACGUCAGUGUACGCCAAUGGCAUCACCAACAUGGGCGCCAGUCUUGAGAGUGUUGUGACGCAGCAGCCACACAACAACAACCACCUCCCUCCCACGGCAGUGAUGGGAAGGGAGGUAAAAGAGAUGCCAAUACAUGCUGAUAAGAUUUACGAGGUGUUCUCAAAAUCUCUGAUAUUCAGAGAAGACCAUGAACUCAAAUCUAAAGGAAGCUUGGAAACUCUCGACGAUAUUGAGACUAAAUCGGAACCUGAUUACCUCUCUGAUAGACCGAACAGAACGAAGGUGUACUUCGAAGACGAAGUAGACUCCCCCGUUACUGAUUUCGAGAUCAUGUUCAAAGACGAACUUCUAGCUAGCUACGAUAUGUUUAAAAUAGACGAAGAAGAAGAAGAAAGUAAGAGUCCAGAUACAGAAGAAGGAUUAACAAUGAGCGUAUCUGUUAAGAAGCAAGACGUAAUCAAACCAAGCACGGUGACUUUGAAAGGAGAACCAAAAAUGACGACACCGAAUUCAAUAUACCAAUACGAUCCAGUAUCAGUUGUACAACUACCAACGAAUCUAACUCUACCGAGAGUUGAAAGUGUAAAAGGUAUUUUAAGACAGAAAUCUGACAUUAGCAGAAGCGACAGUGUACGGACUUUAGAAAGAGUUGACAGUAACAGACUCCUUAAAUCUACAUUAAACAGAGUGGAAAGUCUAAAGAAUAUUGAUCCUAAUAAGAUUAAUAAAGUGCUAGCUAGGGUACCUCAUAGAAGUGCCUCAUUCUUGAACAUUCCAGAACAUUUAACGCCAACUAAACCUCCUUUAAUGAAGAGUAAAUCCACAGUAGGAGUGACGUCAUUAGCAGAACAUGAAUUGAAGUUAAGUCAACUCCCAGACACACCAAUUAUAAGGAGUAACAACUUACCAAGAUUCUUUGCAGAUAGUCCUUCUUUGUCUGAAUAUAAGGGCGAAACUAGCUUGCAGAGUAUAAAACAGAAGACUGCUUUAAUGUUCCAAGAGAAUGAUUUCAGUAUGCCGAGGUACUAUGGAGGUUCGAAACCAUUGGAGCCUCCGCCAGUUCACGAAAGUAAAUCGAUGCCUGAUUUAAGAAAUCCCACAUCGAAUGUUAAAGCUAGCAAGCGCUUGGUCAAACUUAGAAGCAAAUUGAAGCCUUUGGUUAUAAGAAAAAGCUCCGAUGAAAGACUAUAAGUUUACAUGGAAUAAGUUACUAAUAUAUUUUUAAUAAUCAAUAUUGUG